GUUUUGAGCUCAGUGACAGUGAGUCUCUCAGUCUCGGAGCUCACUAGUUGUUAUGCCCUCUCACAAAACCCGCCAUUUUCUGUCUUUGGCGCUCCUCCUCUUCAAACCAAACCCUAACCCUAACCUUCGUGCUCUCUCCUUGCGAUUCUUCUCCAACCAGUCAUGGCUUUCCGUACGAGGCAACCCCAUCAUCAAGUGGCCCUCGCCGCCCGACGCACCCUGCUCUCUUCCGCACCCGAACCCCGCCCCAAACCCUAACCAUAACCCUAAUAGCUCCGGCCCCAAUUUUUCACAAAAUGACUUCUCUACCAUCGCUAACCUUCUCGCCGACCCUAGCAUUUCCCCCGGUUCAUCGCUCCAGAGCGCAUUGGACCGGACUGGAAUCGAGCCGGGUCCGUGUCUGUUACAGGCUGUGUUCGACCACUUCGAUUCGUCUCCCAAAUUGCUUCACACGCUGUUUCUUUGGGCAGAAAAGCGGCCGGGGGUUCGAACCUCUGUGACGCUCUUCGGCUCCAUGAUCAAUGUGCUUGCUAAGUCGAGGGAGUUCGAGUCGGCUUGGUCUCUGAUUCUUAAUCGGAUCGGUAGAGAUGAGGAGCCUGGUUUGGUUUCUGUAGAUACGUUUGUGAUCAUGAUCAGACGGUAUUCCCGCGCAGGUAUGUCCCAAUCUGCAAUCAGGACUUUUGAAUUUGCAAGUAAUUCAGACUCGUUUCUCAAUUCAGAGUCAGAAAUGAGUUUGUUUGAAGUUUUGUUGGAUUCCCUUUGUAAGGAAGGCCUUGUUAGGGUGGCUUCAGAGUACUUUGAUAUGAAAAGAAAGUUGCAUCCAGAUUGGAUUCCAUCAGUUCGGGUUUAUAAUAUACUGUUGAAUGGAUGGUUUCGAUCAAGGAAGCUGAAACAGGCAGAGCGGCUUUGGGCGGAGAUGAAGAGGGAUAAUGUGAAACCUAGUGUUGUAACAUAUGGUACACUGGUUGAAGGAUAUUGUCGGAUGCGUCGUGCUGAAAUUGCAAUUGAAUUGGUGAGUGAGAUGAGGAGUGAAGGAAUUGAGCCCAAUGCAAUUGUGUAUAAUCCAAUAAUUGAUGCGUUGGGGGAAGCUGGGAAGUUCAAGGAGGCAUUGGGGAUGAUGGAGCGCUUUCUGGUCCUCGAAUCAGGCCCUACUAUUUCAACAUACAAUUCGCUGGUAAAGGGCUAUUGCAAGGCCGGAGAUCUUGUAGGGGCUAGUAAGAUCCUUAAGAUGAUGAUAAGUAGGGGUUGUGUCCCUACUCCAACAACCUAUAACUAUUUCUUUAGGUACUUUUCAAAGUUCGGGAAAAUUGAGGAGGGAAUGAACCUUUAUACCAAAAUGAUUGAAUCUGGGUAUACCCCAGAUCGGCUUACUUUCCAUCUUUUGUUGAAGAUGUUGUGUGACGAGGGGAGAUUGGAUUUGGCAGUUCAAGUUAGCAAGGAAAUGAGAUCUAGGGGAUCGGAUAUGGAUUUAGCGACAAGCACCAUGCUGAUUCAUUUGCUUUGCAAUAUGCAUAAAUUCAAAGAGGCUUUUGCAGAGUUUGAGGACAUGAUACGGAGGGGUUUAGUUCCUCAGUAUCUUACUUUUCAGAGAAUGAAUGACGAGUUAAGGAAACAAGGAAUGACUGAGAUGGCGCAUAAGCUGUGCAACAUGAUGUCUUCCGUUCCUCAUUCAACAAAUUUGCCAAACACAUAUGUCAGAGAAAGAGAUGCAUCUCAUGCAAGGAGAAAAUCUAUAAUCCAGAAGGCUGAAGCAAUGUCUGAUCUGUUGAAAACUUGUUCAGAUCCAAGAGAACUUGCCAAGUAUAGAAGUUCGCCUGAGAAUGUUGUAUCAAGAGCGAACCAGUUGGUAGAGGAUAUUAAGAGAAAAGCUAACAUCCAAUGACAUAUAUUUUUGCAAAGCUAACAUCCAAUGAUAUAUAUUUUUGCUUUUCUUGGGUAACAGGCAUUAAGUUUUGGAUUCAGUUGGCAUUCUCUGAAAGGAAGGUAAACAGGAGUUUACUGCAGGAUACAGAGGAAGUUUGCCAGCAGAAGAAAUAAAGACUCUUUAAAUUCAUGUGCAUUUUGGUAAAAGUUCGAUAUUUAUAUGGGACAACUACUUUUGGAGGGCUACCUUUAUAUGGAUUCAGACUACUUGUAACGUUAGAAACUUUUUGCAAUGUUGUAGCUGUGCAGCAUUCUGAAUCCUGAUGGACGUCUAUUAUGCAGUCAAGUGGUUUGAAUGCAGGUUCAUCACACGUACAAACUGCGUUGUGGUGGUACAAGUAAAGAGAGAGUAUGAAAGAGACUAUGAGACAUAACUGGAUGUGCGUCUGGACUUUGGAGUCUGGGGGCCCUCAAGGAUGGUGAAGUCUGUGUCCUUUGUAAAUAGACGGCAGUCGACCAUUGAAACAGGAACGCGCAUGGCUCACUGGAUGCCCUGUCUUUGCAUGUGGACUUGUGCAUUUGGAAUAUGUCGAAGGUCCUCAAAUACACACAAUUACAUAAUAACAUGGGUUGAAGAGAAGUCUUCGCAUAUUUUUUUGUUCGCAAGUGCAUAAGAUGCAAAAGAGAAAGAACCAUCAAAACGAGCUACCAGCCGUUCUAUUUUUGUGUGGCAGUGUUGUAUUACUAGCAGCUUUUUUAUAAAAUAUUUUUUUCCUU